CAAGAAAUAUGGCGGCUGCUUCAAAUGCAUACUUUCAAGAGACGAGCUCAAAACAGAUUGUUAUAGUCGGGGGUGGUUUGGUAACAUCAUUUAUUAUUAUUUAGCUUUAAAUACGAGAUGUUUCUCUCUUUCAUACGAUCGCCACGAUCGUUGAAGAAAAUAUCGACCAAGGCCAUAUCGAGUCAGAUCUUCGAUUGCGAUCGAGAUUUGAAACAAGCUAAGACUUCAGAGUUCCAUACCAUCGCUACAAACUAAGGCGACUAUAUUCGUUGAGAUGGAUUUCCGUUGUGAUUACUACUGGUCUUUUUUCUAUCGGUUCUAGGGAUCAUGUGGGAUGUUUCCUCUUCAAUUAUUUAAUUGAAUUGUUUUCAAUUUUCAUGGACCCCCAAGCAAUAUCAACUGCAGACAACAUCGGUCAAUUUGUGAAUAUUAUAAGAAAAAAUUAUUUAUCUGCCCUUGUGUUGUACGUACAGGUUGGGUCAUUGUUUGCAGUUUUCCUGGUGAAAAGAGGAUUCAAGGUUGAUCUAUAUGAAGCACGUGAAGGUAAUUAUCACCCAGAAGCAUAUGCUUCUGUAUCACCAGAAUGAUGCUCCUUUACAAUAAUUUUCGUCUACUUGAUAAGAUUUUUUUCUUCUUUGGUUAUUUCCUAGGUGAAUUCAGUGCUUUUAUUGUUAUUUUGUUCUCAAUAUCUUUUCCAGAUCCUCGUUUAUUAAAGUUUGUUCGUGGUCGCAGUACUAAUCUUGCUCUCUCAACCCGCGGUAUUGAAGCGUUAAAAGCCGUAGGAGUCCUCGAUUACGUAAGCACAUACAUUUGUGUCUGUAUUAGUCCAUGUUGAUAAUAAUAGUUUACAGGCUGAUGUCUGUAGCUUUGGCUGGGGAUUCAACUUCUAUCAAUAUUAGUAGGGUGACUGGAAUCAACUUCAAAACAAGAGUCAACAGAACUUAACUGCCGUCGGAUCAGGAGAAUUGUAAUCUUUCUUCCAUUCAUCCUUAGGUUUUAAAUAAUUUUCCAGAAAGGUUGGAGCUUGAAACUCAGCCAUGGUAUUUAAUUUUGUCUUUUUAUAGGUCUUGCCAUUGGGCGUGCCCAUGUAUGGUCGCAUGCUGCAUUCCCUAACUGGGGAUCAGAGGCCCCUUUAUUAUGAGCAAGAGGGACCAGUAAGAUAUUUAAUGAAUAAAGAUAAUAAUGAUUUAGGUGUAGCUCAUUUUCCACAUAGUGGUUCUUCAUCUGCCAUCCAUGAAAAAAUAGGAAUUUGGAAAGUUAGUUUUUGAGGAGAGGGAAAACCUACCCAUGCCAUGUGUGGUAUCACCACUACCUUUUGAACUGCAGACCACAUUAGAUUAGAUUUAAAACAAUAUGCAUAAAAUGUUAUCAUGACACAAAGCAUGUCCAUAUCUACUUACAGUUAUGAUAAACUUGUUGUAUAAUUUCAAAUUUAUUAUGGGUCUUUUACUUGUAAUUGAGUUACAGAAGUGUCGAUUCGUGUAAAAAAGUGGUUAUUCAAGUUACUUUUUCUUCUGUUUUAAUAUUUAAAAAAUAAUAUUAAAUAAUAGACAGGAAUCAUAUUGCUGUUUAAAUGUGCUUGUUUCUGUUUUAGUAUCCUCUGUUGGCAAUGGAGCGGAGAAAAGUAAACGAGAUGCUUCUUUCAGGUGUGUAAACUGAUAUCCACAAGCUCAUGGUUAUUGAGCUAGACUGUUUUUUGAGCCUUCUAAUUAUUUAAGCCAACUUCUAAGUGUACUAAGUGCUUUGUUUUCCCUUCUUGUACAUGUACCUGUAUUUUUAAUGGAUAUUUAGCAUUCAUUUAAACAUUGAAAUUCAUUUUGAUAGUUGCAACUACUUUACAAACUUUAUGACAAUUUAUUUUCUCUUUUUGUUGUAUUUUUUUUACUUUAACCAAGGUAAGAAAAUGUUUAUGGUGGGGAAUGAAAUGAAAGGGGACUGGUGUUUGAACUCUUUUAAUCAAACUGAUAAGCAGUUAUUUGCAUACUCUCUCUCUUUUAGCUGCUGAGUCCUUCUCCAAUUUAAACUUGCAUUUUCAACACAAAUUGGUGUCUGUAAACUUGGACAAAGGUCAUCUAACCUUCUUAUGGUAAACAACAUUAUUAUUAUAAUACACAUCAGCAGGUAUCACCUGUUAUGGAAUGGGUUCAGCUAGCAUCGUUAUCUUGACCAUUUUUUCUUUCAGUUGAUUUGGAGAAGUUUGGUUUUCUUUGCAUUCUUUCCUACAAAAUAAGCAACAAUCUCAAUUUCUCUUUGUUACUCCAUAGUCCAUUGUUUUCCCUCUCGUCUUGUUUUUCUCUUUUCCCUUUUACCAAUAAAAUAAAGCUCAUAAGCUUGGCAUGUUUUCUUGUUGCCUGUUGAGGGCUUUCACGCGUUGUCCUUGUGUCCCCGUUGGCACAGAGAAACAGGCAAUUGUAAGAUCGAGAAUGUAGUUUAUCUGAUUUUUAUUUGGAAUUUAUGGCUUAGCCCUGAUGGCAAGACUAUUGAAGUCAAUGCAGAGGUUGUUAUUGGCGCAGAUGGUGCUCGUUCAGCCAUAAGAAAUGAACUGAUGAAAAGACCAAGGUAUAAGCACUUGUAAUUCUCUUAUUCUUCAGAUAAGAACAUUUGCAUCAUUAUAAGUUUCUGGGAAACUGCCCACCUACCCCACCCCUAAGCCAACAUUUUGCCCUAAGUGAGAAGUAAGGGCUAAUGUUGGCUUUGGAGAGGGUAGGUCGGCAGUUCCCUAUCCACGACUUUCAUAAUGGCGGACCACUCGGGCAGGACUCGAACAUUUUUUGGGUGGGGAGUCUGGCGGAUGUAUAUUUUAAAAGUUCUACAGGGUUUGUUUUUUCCCCAUUACAUAGACAUACUUGUCGGAUGUCACACUAGAGAUAUUUGGGAAAGAUAAGCAAAGUAUUUUAGAGCUGUGAAGUUGUCAUUUUGCAAUUGAGUGCUUGAAGUCUAAUACUUUAUCGACAUAAACUGCUGAUUUACUAAUUGUUCGGAAAAGUUGCCAAAAACGUUCUUAAAGUUUCAAAUUGAAGGUAUCUUAUUGAUACCAGUGUAGUUAACUGAUUUUUUAAAAGUAAGUUGAUGAAACCAAAGUUUUGUGUUUCGCUUCCUCACGGACAGAGUAAUCCCUUCAUUCAUUUGAUUACAGUGGGUUGGUAAACCAUCUGAAUAGACAUUAUUACGUUAUUAGAUUUGACUUCAGCCAGGAGUAUAUUCCACAUGGAUACAAAGAGUUUCAGCUACUACCAACCAAAAGUGGAGAGUACGCCAUUAAGGCAAAUUACCUGCAUGUUUGGCCCAGAGACUCAUUUAUGCUGAUUGCUAUUCCAAACAAGGUGUGUUUUAUCUAUCUUCCACCUAAGAUACAAGUAUACGCGUAAAUUUUCAUAGCAAAGUAUGGGAAUCAUUGCACUACUAACCCACCUCAAUGCAUAAUAAAGCGGUUUCUAAGUGAUGAAAGUAAACAGUGAAACAGUGAGGUACUUUGAGGUACUAUGGUUUUGCAUUGCUUUUGCUCUGGUUUGUGAUUGGCUGAAAAAUCUUGCGUCACUUCCUUAACUGAUCAAGAUUAAAGCAUAAACCAUCUGUGACUUUCCGCUACUUGGUCAGACAAGUUUUCCUGUGCUAGGGGCCAGCUACAAGUACUUGCUUCAAGAUGUGAUUGGUUUAUUUGAAUUUCUGCGCUAAGUAUGAUUGACUAAAAUAAUUAUCUUGGUAAAGCCAAAAAACUGGGACUUCCACCCUUGGUGCCCAGAUCUGAUUUGUUCAUUUCAUCAUUUCUUCAAAAUUGCCAAGUUUUCGUCUUUCAUUUUCGUGAAAUUAGGUGCCUGCAAAAGGAAGCAUCAAUAAGGUCUUGUAAAAGUAAUAUUUGUUGCGCUUUUUACAUAAAAUGUGAACUUGGAAAUACAGACUUUUGUUUCUUUUUUUGUAGGAGCAGUCUUUCACCUGUACACUCAUCAUGCCGUUUGAAAAGUUUGACGCUUUGACAAAAAAGGUGAAUGAUUUUAUCGUUAUACUGUAUUCAGUUUUGUACGUUCUCAUAUCUAUUAUUAUGGAUUCUUUCCCACAGGAAGAUGUAAUCGACUUCUUUAACGCUCUAUUUCCCAAUUUUGUCCAACUUAUGGGCGAGUAAGUAAAUUUUGUUUGCUGAAUACAAUUGUAUCGCUUGUUUGUUUACCAUAUAGGUUAACUGUUCUUUUUUCACGAACAUAGCCUCUAGUGUUAAUCCCAAAUGCAUUCAGUCUACUGUACCUGACUGUGACCAAAAGCAAUGCAUUUUUGCUCACCAGGAUGAACCUUUUUAAGGUCUCCUUAUUUCUUAGAUCACUUGACAAUGCACAGGGAACCCAAAUUGCUCAUUUUUUUUGCAUGGUAAAAGUUUCUUUUACAGUCGGAGAGGCUUGUUUUUUCACAUGGUGUUGGUUCCAUCUGGAACCCAAGUGAUUUAAACAUAAGACCGGCUCUUUUGUAGGGCCUCAUCAGCCUAGUCUCUAGAAGUUCUGUUUAAUUCUUUUGUGUGCGUGGAGUCUAGGAAAGGGUAACGAUGGAACUCGGUGACAUUGAGGCUCGCAGUAGAGUCCAGGUUUGACCGAGCACCCAGGGGCCAGGCGGAUCGUUGGUCCUGAUCCUACCUGGUCAGUAUUUUGGAUGUUAUUAAGGAGUUUUAGGUUUUUCUUUUGCCCGAGUGUUUUUAAAGCUGAAGGCGUACGCAUGUCUACAUUUCAGGGAAAGAAUUCUGGAAGAUUUCUUCAAAAAUCCAGUGUUGCCCAUGGUGUCAAUAAAGGUUGGUAAUAACAGGUUUCAUCUGCUCUAACUAUUUAUUCCUACUCAUGAAGGGUAUGUAUAAAUAAAAUGAAGGACUAUUCGAUUUUAACUCAUUUUAUUGCCCAGUUUUGAAUAGUUGAUUUUGACACAGCUUCUUUGACAAAGAGUUGUUCACGAAUAGAGUCGGUCUGCGUGUAAAAUUUGGCUCGAGUGCCUCCCUAAAAAUGCAGCAUUUCGUGAGAAAUCGAAAAUGAGUUCUGUAAAAAAUGAUUCUCAGUUUACAGGUUGAACAAGUCUUAUUUUAACCUGGCACACCUUGUAUUUGUUUUCCUUUUGUUUGUUGUUGUUCACAGUGCAAGCCUUAUCAUCACUCAGAUAAAGCGCUCAUCAUUGGCGAUGCAGCUCAUGCCAUGGUUCCCUUCUAUGCACAAGGAAUGAACAGUGUUAGUGUCUCUUUUUAAGUAACUUGUUGUGGACUUAUUUAGAAACUUGAGCCGAAAAAACCGGAUGCUCUCGCAGGCUAAUAAUAGACAAAAGGGAACCGAUCUGUCAGUUACAUCAGUUGCUGGAAAUUCAGUGUGGCAUGCAAACCACUUUGUGUGAACAUAUGCCUUGAUAAAAGAAAGAAAGAAAGAAAACUGGCUCAAAGAGUCAGUCGGUACCCCUGACGUAAUGCCCUUAAAAUACUUCUGGUAUUACGGUAUUCAUGACAGUUGUAACAUAGGAUAUGUGUCUUUAUCUUGUGGAAAUAAAGAUCAUAAUUAUUAUUAUUAUUAUUAUUAUUAUUAUUAUUAUUAUUAUUAUUAUUAUUAUUAUUAUUAUUAUUUACCUUUUCUAACAAGUUUCAGAAGAAUUCAAAGUUAGUAACUCAGAUCAGUGUUUCUAGAACUUAUUUAGUAAGAAUUCUCAAUGUCUGUACUGGUCAUUCAGGUUGAAGUCAAGAGUAACCAUGUCUAUUUUUUUAGGCAUUUGAAGAUUGUCUUAUUUUAGACAGACUUCUAGAGAAGCAUGGAAACAACUUUGGUAAGUGACUAAACAUCGCCAGAUUUUCAGUAUCUACCCAGCCCUGUCACCCAGUAAGCUGGGAUCAUACAAGUCUUGGACUCGAGCUUUUUUUUCUGGUCUGCUUUUUAUCAGGUGCUGUAUUUGAGGAAUACUCGAAUCUCAGAAACAAAGAUGCUGAAGCAGUGUGUGAUUUAUCCAUGUACAAUUACUUGGAGGUGAAUGAUCUUUAUUUCCAACCUCGUCCCCAGGGCUUUCUCUAUUUUCUAAGGCGGAAAAUUCCUGGGGACGAGGCGGGGGAGGAAUGGCGCCGUCAGUUGGUGGUUUGGACAAUACACCGGGGGGGGGCGGGGGAGAAGGGUACUCCUGGGAAUUCUUGGUGGAGAUGUGCCGCCCGGUUCCUCAAAUCCUGACCCGAUUUCAGACCAAAAAAUGUAAUUUUCCACACCCGUUUUCAGACUAGACCUCUAAAAUCCAUACCCGUUUUCAAACCUGGCCUUUAGGCAGAAAUUAUGUUAUCAUUACUUGGCCGUUAGAGUGCAAACAAAAAAAAUUCUCCAAAUCCAUUUCGAAUUCGCAUAUUUCUCUUUUUUUCUUACUCAUUUGGAAUUGGAACGAUAAAUACGUUGAUACUCUCCGUAGUUCUCUCGAAAAUUAUAGCCGAUUCCAGACCAAAAUGGGCAAAGUGUAUACCCGUUUUCAGACCCAAACGGCGCAAAAACCCUACCCGAUGGGGCGGCACAUACCUAUAUGGCUUAUAUAAGGGAGUACCCCCACCCCCCCGGGACAAUACAGUGGCACUCGCCACUCCACUCUCUAUGAUUUAAAUACGGAUUGGGUUAUCGGACAUCACAGCCGCCAUUCUCACCAUUACGCUUUUGUAAGGCCUAGCUGCUAAAUGCGGAAAAAGUUGUAGUGAGCUGCGUGGCACUUUUUAAAGUGCCUUUUAAAAAAGGUAACUGAGGGAAAUGUUCAAUAAAAAGUUAAAUAUGAACAAGACCGUGAUUUUCAUGCAGUUGUUUUCCAAAUGCUUUUAGCUUAGUCUUUCAUCAGUGGAAUUACAAGUACGUUAGAAAGAGCGUCGUUAAUGGAGUGACCAGCUGUGUUAAAAUUCUCAGUAACAGGAAAACCCGGCACGUUUUUCUUAACGCUUCGAAGAUGCUCGCUGAAACGUUGAUCAGUGUACGCAAGGUUUCGCCAGCUAUAAAAUACCUUUAGUCGUAACUCAGCAGCAGGUAGCGGUCAGAGUAGGGCCACUAGCUAAAGAUCUCCGGAUUUCAUGUAUUUAUUUCGUUCACGCUGCCUUUCUUGCAGCGUCUGUGGGUCUAAGAAAGUUUCACUUGCUGAGUUGUUGUCUUUUUUACCAGAUGAGAUCCUUGGUUAAUUCAUAUUCUUUUCUGUUGGAGCGAAAACUGCUGAGCAUCUUUAAUUGGCUGAUGCCCAAGACAUUUAUUCCCCUCCAUACGAUGGUAAGCGAGCUCACUACAUUCUGCUUCAUGAAGUAAUUAGUGCAGAUCCAUGACAACUCAUAUGCCCUGUCCAGAACGAACCUUAAUUUUCUCUUAACAAUAUUGGAACAUAAUCAAGAGAGAAGGUUUAUAUGAAAAUGAAUAAUAUGAUCACCUAAGGGAAGAUGCUUUGAUCUUGUAUCAAAUUCUCCCAACUAAUUCUAUGAUGAAACGUAUGGAGAUCAGUGUGGAGAAUUUAUAUUGGGGCUUAAUAAGGGGUGAACUGAAUGAUCGCACCUUUAUAUUUAAUACACGAUCUCAAAAGUUAUAACUCUUGCCGGUCAAACUAAAGAUCACCACAGGAAAGCACUGUUUAUCGGCCAAGCCUCACUGACUUCACUGUACACUUGAAUAACUAAGCUUUAUAAUUUCAUCUGCAUCCCAUACGUAAUGUUUUAAAAUCCAUAAACAGUAUUGCACUUCUCCUCUCAGUUAACUGCUAAAAGGUGAUGUCAAUUCUUUGUUUUAGGUGACGUACACAGAAACACCCUACAGUGAUGUGAUCAAAAGGUCUGAAUGGCAACAAAAGGUUGGAUAUUUUUUUCUUACAACCUCGCAAGGAACUCCUUUGUGAAAAUAAUGAGGUUGCGUUUGAGACUGGGUUGGUGUUGGGUCAAAUUGCAUUAUGGGACAGGGGGCGAAUUUUGACCCAGCCUCCUGUGCGGCCUCACAAUAGCCAAUAAAGUAAGAGGGAAAGUCUUUUCAAAACAGUCCCAUAAUUCAGUCCGAUACAACACCUACUCAGUCUCGCACAACCUCAAAAUAAAACAGCAAGAAUCUUUAUUUUCCCCCAAUUUUACUUUUUUUGUAGAAGUCUACGGGCCCGAAAGUAGCUAGUGCUAAUUUUGCUUCGUGUUGUCAAAAGGCUAUGCACACCCUUGUCCGAUGUAGGACUUCUUCAUUGUCAACACUUGCCGUCUUUUAUUGUUGUUUCAGACCGUGCGUCGCUUUCUCGCCAUGUGUACACUGACAGGAUUGGCUGGACUAGUGAUGCUCGUGAAAACCGUCAGACUACGAAUCAACUGAAAGGAGAAUUUCCUGAAGAGAUCAGCAAAACCGAUAGUUAAAGAACAAUCUAACCUGCAGUAAUUAGCCUCGCUGUCGCGGUCACCUUACGAAAUUUAUGACAGAGUAAAAGCAAGAGAGAAUAGUCUCUCUUGAUUAUACUCUUUUGGUAAACCAACAAAUGGUAUUUAGUCUCAGUGUAAAUAUCUCUGGAAAAGAAAAGGAAUAAAGUAAAGUUAAAACUCCAAUGUGCGACUACCUCUCGUAAGCGACCAGUUAUCAUAGCACUAUCGUUGGAGCCUCUCAUAAGCGAUGCCACGUGGGUUGGUAGUUUAUGGGAGGUUCGAAGGAGACUAAGUGUUUCAUGUUUCAGAUUUCUUUGUGACUUUAAAAAGGUAGUUUACCAGUGCGUCACACGGAUUCCUUUGUUUGCUUUUUCGUUUGAAAGUAUUCCUUCAUGAAAAUUUAAAGGCAUGUUUUGUUGAAAGUUUGGAAAUAAUUUUAAUAAGGAAAAUGUAUACAUGUAUAAGAUCUUUCAAUCGGUCUCCUUUGUGUCAGGGAAGCCUCAUACUCACCCAGGCACUGAAGGAUAAAAGACCCUGACGUCAUCGAAAACGCUUAUAAAUUUGCAUAUUAGAUCAAAGCCUCCUCGAAGUAGCUACUUUGUUUUCUCGACCGAAAAAAAGAAAGAAAGAAAAACUGGCACUGUCUUGAUUAUAAAGGGUAAUGGAUUUUCAUCAAUGGAGAAAUAUCCUUUUGAUUGUUUUUGCUCUUGAUGUUUGUAUGUAUAUUUUGCUUCCAUCCCAAACGUCUGCCCACAGCCAUGAUUCAAAUUCGGGAGGCAACGACAAUGAGCACGAAGUAAAAAUCGGCGUUCUUCUCCCUAUGACUGGCUACUGGCCAAUUGGCAAGACUUCUGCCUCAGCAAUAACCAUUGCUGUGGAUCGAAUCAACCGUAAUCCUAAUCUUCUACCAGGCUAUAACAUGACAUUCCUGUGGAAUGACUCAAUGUGUCUUGCUGCAGAAGGACUUAACCAAGCCGUGGAGUUCAAAAUCUCGGGUGUUGACGCGAUUAUUGGUGACGGCUGUGAUAUUAUUUGUGAACCGGCCGCCAUUUUAGCCGCCUCGUGGAAUCUUCCGAUGGUUUCUUGGGGAUGCGAGUCGUCAAAACUCUCCGAAAAAACAAUCUAUCCUUCCUUCGCAAGAACUGUUGGAUCCUUUUCGAAAAUGGGAGAUCUCUUUCUGUCGGUUUUUCAGUAUUUCCACUGGAAUAGCAUUGGAAUCCUAGCUUCAACCGAAAGCAUUUGGCAGUUGGCUAUGACUGGGCUUAUGAAAGUCUUUUUACAGAAUGAUAUUGAUAUACGACAGAAACACCCUACAGUGAUGUGAUCAAAAGGUCUGAAUGGCAACAAAAGGUUGGAUAUUUUUUUCUUACAACCUCGCAAGGAACUCCUUUGUGAAAAUAAUGAGGUUGCGUUUGAGACUGGGUUGGUGUUAGGUCAAAUUGUACUAUGGGACGGGGGACGAAUUUUGACCCAGCCUCCUGUGUGGCCUCGUAAGAGCUAAUAAAAUAAAAGGGAAAGUCUUUUCAAAACAGUCCCAUAAUUUAGUCUGAUACAACACCAACUCAGUCUCGCGCAAGCUCAAAAUACGACAACAACAAUCUUUAUUUUCCCUCAAUAUUAUUUAUUUUUUUUGUAGAAGUCUACGGGCCCGAAGGUUGCUUGUGCUCUUUCGGGUUGUCGAGAGACCCUUGUCCGAUGUAGGCCUUCUUCAUUGUCAACACUUGCCAUCUUUUAUUGUUGUUUCAGACCGUGCGUCGCUUCCUCGCCAUGUGUACACUGACAGGAUUGGCUGGACUAGUGAUGCUCGUGAAAACCGUCAGACUACGAAUCAACUGAAAGGAGAAUUUCCUGAAGAGAUCAGCAAGAACCGAUAGUGAAAGAAUAAUCUAACCUGCAGUAAUUAGCCUCGCUGUCGCGCUCACCUUACCUCUUAAAGACAAAAUUAAUGACUGAGUAAAAGCAAGAGAGAAUAGUCUCUCUUGGUUAUACUCUCUUGGUAAAAGAACAAAUGGUAUUUAGUCUCGAUGUAAAUAUCUUUGGAAAAGAAAAGAAAUGAUUGUGUAACUUUAAAAGUUGUCAGUGGCGUGUUGAUAGCUAGUCAUUUCGUUCAAUAGUAACGAUUUGCAAAAUAAAGUAAAGUCAAACCUCC